CAGAACCCCACCUACACCAAUGCCUCACAAUCGAGAGGGCAGUACACAGUCAUUGGGGCAGUACACAGUCAAGUGGGAGUAUACAGUCAUAGACCCACGUGAUUAAAUCUUAUAUAAACUUUAUCGAUUUGAAAGAUAUUCACCAGUCCUGAGCAAGUCUCAGAGAGGAUACAAGUUUAUUUUCUUUCUUGCGAGAUUCUUGCUGCUGCGAACAGAUAUGGAGAAUAAACAUCAAAACCUUAUUAAAGCAAACUACUCCACAUUGGUGAAGAAGAUGAUGGCGAUUCGAGUAGCAGAACAUAUGUACGCAUCAAACAUAAUAACAGAUGAAAUGAGACAACAGAUAGAAGCCGCGAAAACCAGUUAUGACCAAAACAGAAAACUGAUUAGUAUCAUUUUACGCCGAGGAUCGAGGGCUUUUAUGGGUCUCAGAGUGGCAUUAAUGAAAGCCAAUCAAGCUGAUUUAUCGAGACUCUUAAUGAACAAUGACGAUGAAACGAAGUCUGAAUACGAAAAAAAAUUAGCCAUGGCAAGAUCGUUGGUCAUCCCUACCAAAGAAAUACGGGAUUCCAGAAACGAAUCAAAGAAAGCUACACACCAACAGUCUCAGGAGCCAAGAUGUAGGAUAGGUCUGGACGACUUGAAUGACCUGUUUCUCACCGUCAUGUCUUUCAAGGGAACGCUUUAUGUUCACAUCCGUCAUCUCGCAGAAUCUCACGGUCGUCUCAUUGCCACCAAGAAAGGAGUUACCUUUACAUUGGCUCGUUGGUUAAAAUUUGAAUCCCUUUUACCAGAUAUCCAAGACUUCAUAGACAACGUUGGAAGAGAGGAUGGAGAAGUACAGUGGCAUAUUGGCGGUGGCGUGUUUGUUUCGUUGUCAUCAGGUUACCCUACAGUGGAUAUAAGGCACUUUUGGAAGCCCGACGAUGCCCCAGAACCCAUACCGACAAAGAAAGGAGUCACAUUGAUCAGAAACAAAUUAGUCAGACUUAGAGAUGCUCUCAACGAGAUAAAUGAAUGUGUUCCAGAACUACAAGAUACCGAACUCUGCAUGUUUAGCGAUUCUCAUCAGAAUCAGAUUGGGAUGUUAAACUGUACUGAAUGUACCCCGUUCGGUUACGAUGACCAAGACAAUAGGUCCAUGGAAUGCAAUGUGGGCGAUUUACAGGACACCGAAUCAAUUGAGAGUGAUCUUGAUUGACAUUAUGGUCAUGCAUACUGAAUCCAAAAUAAUUAAUGAAAGAAUAAUUGUAUAUAUCAAUUCAUGUAUUUUUUCAUUCUUACAGAAAAUUAAAAAAAUGAACAAGUUGUCUGUUUUAUUGUUUGUUACUUGAAUAUAAAAGAUGUGAAUAGAGAACUUAGAUUAUUAGUGUAUCUCAGUAUGUCAAACUACACGGAUUACUUAAAGGAACUCUACUACACUCCCGGUAAACCGGGAGCAUUUGCAGGUCCCGAAAAGUUGUAUCAAGCCGUUAAACAAGAAGGUAAAUACAAGACUGGCAGGCGGAGAAUUAGACAAUUUUUUAACAACGAAGACCCUUAUAGUCUUUAUAAGCCAAUUCGUAAGACAUUCCCGCGCUCUAAAGUGAUAGUGAACACAAUCGACUCAAUGUGGGAUGGUGACUUAGCUGACGUCAGUAAUAUCUCGUCCCACAACGACGGCUACAAAUUCUUAUUGGUGUUAAUUGAUAUUUUUAGUCGAUAUUUAUUUAAAAUCCCCCUAAGAAAUAAACAUCAUCAAAACAUUAUCGAUGGUCUAAAAUCAGUUUUUCAAACUGAACGAAAACCACACACUCUUAGAACAGACAAAGGUAGCGAAUUCAAAAAUCGUUGGGUAAAGGC